AUGUCAAUCACCCAUAUUGUCCUCUUCCAAUUUAAACCUGAUGCCACUGCUGAUGUCGUCCAUGGGGCCUGCCAGCGUAUGCUUGCUCUCAGAGAGAAUUGUCUCCAUCCGACAUCACAAAAGCCUUAUAUAAAAACGGCCCUGGGCGGGAAGGAUAACUCACAAGAAGGGAUGCAGAAUGGCAUUACACACGCCUUUGUCGUCGAGUUUGCAAGUGCUGAAGACCGGGAUUACUAUGUCAAGCAAGAUCCCGCCCAUCAAGCAUUCAUGAAGAGCCUCGGUGGUAUUAUCGCGAAAGCACAGGUUAUUGAUUUCACCGAUGGUGACUUUUAA